UUUUGUAAUGAAAUCUUACUAAAUUUAUGAAAAUCAACCCAAGGAAAUGCUAAAUUAUUAUUUUUAGAAAGCUACAAGCUAAAUAUUAAUCAAAAUUGCAUUACUUAAAACUUGAUCCUGUAGCAAAUAAAGUGCGGAAGGAGUUUAAACUUUCGAUUGUAUAGUUGGAUUUCUUCAGCUGCUCGAAUAUGGCAGCUUCAUCAUUUAAACGUAGUCAUGAAGAUAAUCUUGAAUUGCCACCAGAAAAAGCCAGGAAAUUGUUUGAAAAUGGUGGAAUACUGAUCGUGCUCGGUCUUCCUGUUGGUUCUGUUUUUGGUAUUGAUAUGAAAGUGUAUCAAGUAGGUGAUAAAUUUCAAGGUUUAAAAAUGAUUCCUCCUGGGUUGCAUUUUAUCUAUUACAGUGCUGUUAGCAAAGAAGGCUCAGUUGCUCCUCGAACUGGUUUUUUCCAUUACUUUGCUCCGCAAGAAAUAGUUAUAAAGAAAUGGGAUGCCAUGAGUGAAGAUUUAAACAGUGUGGAACCCUCAGGAGAUGAUAAGAGAAGAAUUCGAGAAAACUUGCAAGAAAUGGAUAGAUAUUUAGGUCCAUAUCCUUAUCAGCAUUUGAAACAAUGGAAUAGACUUACAUGCAAUAUUUCAGAAAGUCUCGUUGCAAGAUUGCAGCCUCUUAAUGGAUCUAUUAGCUCUGUUACUCAACUUCUACCCAUGCAAUAUCCAUCAAAAGAGAGUUCAGAACCUGAUAGUUCUAAUGAAAAGAGAUUUCAAAGUCUGGAGGAAAAAUUUUUACCUGACAUGAAAGUUGUCCCUGGAACUGAAAUACGAUUCACAACUAUUCCUAAAAAUAAAUAUCCUGAAGGCAGUUCAGCUUCACAGAUAUCAAUGCACUAUAUGGAUUCAACGUAUCGAUUAGAGCAAAUUUUAAAAUGUCAUGAAAAUGAAGAAGACAUACUAGGAGAACUGCAAAUGGCCCACAUUUGUUUCCUUGUUGCUCAUGUUUACGAUUCAUUUGAGCAUUGGAAACAUUUAGUUCAAAUAAUGUGCUCAGUUGACUCAGGCUUAGAAAAGCAUUCCUCUCUUCUAACUACUUUCUUGACAAUUUUUCAUUAUCAGUUAAAGGAAAUUCCGAAUGAUUUCUUUGUUGAUAUAACAGCUGAGCACAAUUUCCUUGUUAAUACUUUGCAGAUUUUCUUUGAAAAUGUAAAAAAUAGUGAUGCUUCUGAAAAAUUUAAGAAUUUCUCUGAUAAUUUUCGCAAAAACUUAACUACUAUCUAUAAAUGGGAUUUUGAAGAAGUACCAGAAGAUGAAUUGCCAGUUGUUGUGGAUUGUUAAAAUAUUUUAUAUUGUUUUGAUUUUAACUGUUAAUCUCGAUGUAUAUAUAUGUAUACUGAAUAUUCAUUAAAUGUAAUUUGUUUAUA